AAGAGUACCCACAUCGAGGAGGCUAUAGCGCAGCGGCGUUUUGUGUCUAAAUUUGUGAAGGAGUUCUCGGCUCUGCAUGCCCCCGAACAGGAUCUACCAGAAACUAUUAUCCCGGACAUCUUUGAUUGCGAUGAUGACAGAUCUAAUGAUGACAAAGUCGGUAUUUCGAUGCCUCAUUACGGCCACUCACGACCAUCAGCCGACUACUUCAACAGUCCUUUGAUUAUCCAGAAUUUCGUCGUCGCUGACAUCACGAACAACAUCAACCACGUAUAUUUCUAUGAUGAGCGGGCCCAAGGCAAAAACGCAGACACCCUUUGCAGCCUAAGACUACUCUAUCACUUGUCGACUCUGCAAAAAAAUGCGAGGAACGGCGUGCCUCCACCCGAAGUCAGCUUCAGCAUUCUCAACAACUGCGUCGGA